AUGGAUUCCCCACUUGAUUCUCCACAAAAUACACUAAGGCACUCGACUAUACCCACGAUCUCAACUUCGUCUUUUACAGAUCCAGAUACUUCGCCAAAACAAAUAAAUAGAGGCUACACUUUACCGGCACCUGGGUCUCCUAAACGUGGCUAUAAAAAACCUGCUAAACCUCGAGAAUUUGCUAAAAGUGCUAAAAAACGUCAAUCUGUUUUAGCUUUGGCUAAUUGUCAUGCUGAUAUUCAAGCAAUGUUGGAUGCUUGGUCUAUGGUCACUGGUGAAGUAAAAGCUGAAGCUGAUCCUGUACCUGUUGAUGUCUUGGCUGCUAUUGAAACUACUACAAAAACUAUUCAAUCUGUAAAAAAUUAUUCAAUGUUUAAAGAAGAUCUUUCUGAUGAAUCUCUUUCUAAAAUUCGUGCGGCUGCUUUGGAAGUUCUUGAAAUGAUUAGCAAUUUAGAAAAAGAUCAUCGUGAUGAUGACACUGAUGAUAGCAGCAGUGAAGAUGGUCAUAUAUACAAAGAAUCUAAUUAUAGAUCCUUAGAUAGCCAACGUGAAAUUCUGAAAAAAUAUUUAAUAAUAGUCGAGGAUUGUUUACUCUUUGACGAUAAGAAUAUUUAUCCUAAUGUCUCUUAUUUAAGAACUUCAACUGAUGAUGAAAGAAAGGGUAAUGACGCCCCAAUAACACCUCCUUUAUCACCUGGUCAUCCAAAUAGUGAUUGGGUGGAUCCUGAUCAUUUUGGUGAUAAUAAAAUUGCUCGUUAUCACGCCUUUUUGGAAGCUCAUCGUCCAUCAAAGUCUAAACAAGCCGCUGAUUAUAUUCCGCUUCCUGAUCCUUUACGACGUUCGAAACGUCCUUUCGGCUUUAUCGAUAAAAUACAUGAUGAUACUUCAAGAACUUAUCGUGCAACUGAAAAUUUGAAAUUCUUUAUGGCUGCUUCCAAAUUCCGAUUUGAUAUCAAAUAUGAUGAUAUUAAUGUAACAGAAGUCGUCAAAUUAACAAAUACUGGUAAAGCUCAUUUGGAAAAAAUUCUGGAAAUAUUUUGUGAAAAAGCUAUGCAAGAACUCAUAUCAACUGGCUCAUAUAAACAAUAUCCUUUAUCACGAGUAUCAUCCAUGUAUGUACAUGAUGCUAGCUCAAAUUCACAAAUACAGCUUCAAAAAGCUAAGUUGGCAGCUAUUAAUUCUGAAGAGCUUGCUUCUGCCGUUAAGGCCAAGUUAUUUGUCCAAUCAAAUAGUAGUGGUGAAGAUAGUUCAUAG